AUGACUGCUCUUUUAUAUUUUACUAGCUUAUUGUUAGUAUGUCGUGGUGUAUCGUCAAUUGAUGUUAUGAGAUAUGCAUCUGUUCAAUAUUCUAUUCUCUAUUAUGAAUUUGUCGAUUCAUCAGGAACCUUUUAUCCAUCAUAUGGUUAUCCAUUAGACGAUGAAUGGAAGUCUACGACGGCUACCAAUGGAUGGACACAAGGUUUUUUUCCUGGAGUUCUAUGGAAUAUCGUUGCAUAUAAUGCUACUCGAGAAUCUUUAAAACGUGCAAUUGAUGUUACAACGCCAACUGCUGCAUUUGCCAAUAAUACAGGAACACAUGAUGUCGGCUUUGUAAUUAUGUCUGGCUUUGGUAAUGCAUAUCGUUUAUUGAAACUAUCCGAAUAUUUAGAUGUUAUUGUAACUGCUGCUCGUUCGUUAGCAACUCGAUAUUCACCGAUUGUUCGAUGUAUACGUUCAUGGAAUAGUCCCACGGGAUAUUUGGUUAUUAUUGAUAAUAUGAUGAAUUUAGAAUUGCUAUUUGAAGCAAGUAAUCAAACAAAAGAUCAGACAUUAUAUAAUAUAGCAUGGCAACAUGCAAAUCGAACCAUGUAUGAACAUUUUCGAUCUGAUAAUAGUUCUUAUCAUGUCGUAGAAUAUAAUGAAACAGAUGGUAGUGUCGUUCGAAAAUAUACUGCUCAAGGUUAUGCAGAUUGGUCAACAUGGAGUCGAGGACAAUCAUGGGCUGUUCAUGGAUUUACUAUAGCAUAUCGUUAUACAAAAUAUCAACCAUUUCUUGAUAAAGCUAUCGGUGCUGCAAAUUAUGUUUUAACUCAUCUUCCAAGUAGCACAGAUUUAGUGACCUAUUGGGACUAUGAUGCUCCUCAUAACUCAACUUUAGCCUAUCAACCAAGAGAUACCUCUGCUGCGGCUAUUUUCGCUAGUGCCCUUGUUGAACUAUCUCAGUAUGCACCUACAUGCAAUUUGAAAGAUAGCUUUUUGGCGAAUGCUAAAGCUAUUGUCGAUCAAUUGUCGACUCCACAAUAUUUGAUAUAUGGCGAUAAAGAUUAUAAGCUACCUGCUUUGCUUACAAAUGGAACCAUGGGUCCUUAUCCAAAAAGUCCAUAUGAUGUAUCAUUAGCCUAUGGUGAUUAUUAUCUAACACAAGCCAUCGUACGUUUGGCAAAACUUUAA